AUGAGUACCGUCCAAAACAAGGUAUUUUAGAUAGAAAGCAUUUAGGAGGAGUAAAAUGAAAUCGAUUCAAUAAAUAAUUCUUCUCGCAGAUUUUAAAAUCAUGGGCCUGUGUUUCACAAUAGUGAUUAAUAAUAGGCUAACUUUUCAAAUUAUGAAUAGCAUCUUAGGUAACAACAGAUUAAUCAAAGUUACUAAUAGAAGCCAUAGUAGUAAUAGUAGUAGAAUUUAAAGUAUACAUUUAAUAACAACACUAAUGGCAAUCAACUUACACCGAUUUAGAUGUAUUUGAAGGAAAAAAUAGCUUAUUAGAAUCAGCCCUAUCAUGCAAAUAGCGGAUCGUUAAUUAUUCACAAUGAGAAACUGGAUACAUCAAGCUAGCUCACAAGCACAAUUGAUAAAAACUUAGAACAGCACUAUUAGCAAAACUAAUCUCAAAAUAUGAUGCCAAAUGAGGGUUAUGAAUACUAAGCUUCUAAUUCUAUCAUUCCUUAAAGGUUGUUUCAUAAUAGUGUGUAAGCUCAAAACAAUAGCUAAAGCCUUGAAUAAAAAAAUAAUUUCAUAUAAUCAAAAUAGCAAUUUCAACAACUCAAUCCUUAAAUUCAAUAAAUUGAGCUUGAAAAAUAACAAUAUAAUCAGCAGUUAUAAUAUUUAGAUAUGCUACAAUAGUAGUUGCAUUAGCAUUAGUUAACAUCAAAUGGAGAAUAUAGAGGAGUAGAGGACGAUGUUAAAUUAUUUAUAGAACAACUCUCUGCCUCUUAGAUUUUGCAGUAGCAGCAACUGUUAAAUUAAUAGCAAUAACAAUUGUAAUAGAAUAAUUUUGAGUAGCUUAUGGAUCCUUAAUAAUAGCUUUAAAAUGAUUUGUAUCACUAAUAGUAAUAGAUAAAUAAUAGUAAAAUAUAUAACUCUAUGAGAUAAUCAAACUCUUCUUCAGCUACUUAAAGUAAUAAAAAUUACUUUACUGUCAAUCCCAUACACGAACAGGUCAAAAAAUUUUAAGAAAAAUUAAACAGCAAAAACUCUAAAAUUUAGCAGUAGAGUUCAUCAUAGAAGAAAAGUCAAGAUCAUACUUAAAAGCAAAACAAUUCAGAAAUAAAAUAGAGUGAAGUAGAUUAUUAAACACAAUAGAAUGAGAACUUUGAAGGAUAAAAUAAUCAAAAUCAGCAAAAUGCAUAAAACUAGUUACUUGUUUUAUAACAGCAAACACCUAAGCAUAUUUAUUUAAAUUUAGAUUCUCUUAACUCUAAUCGCAAAAAAGGUAGUAAAAACUCUUCUAUAAGUUAAUCAGCUAGCAAUUAAAAGAAAAUAGCGACACCUUUGAAGUAAACAAAAAAAAAUUAAUAAGUAAGUAAUAAAAAAUCAUCACAGCAACAACAAGCUUCUUUAAGUUAGAAUAUUUAAGGAAGUCAAAAAAGUAGUAGUAAUAGGAAUAGCGAUUAUAAUACGCUAAAUCCUCCUCCUCCUAGUAAAGUCUCAUCUACAGCUACUCCCUUGAACGAAUAAUAGGAUAAUUAUAAUAAUGAUGAAAUUAAAGAAGAAUUCCUUAAUUAGUAACAAAUAAAAAUAUUAAAUAGCUCUAACGAGAAAAAGAAGGUUGUAAAUUCGAUUUUUGACUCUAAAAAAAGUUAUUUGGAUGUCCGUUCUUCGAAAAAUAAAGAAACUGCCAAAUAAUAAGUUUAAUAAUAGCAAAUAAAAUAAUAUUUAGAAUAAAAUAAACAGAAUUAUUCUUAAAAUAUUUAUCAAAAUAUUGAUAACUUGAAAUAAGUCAAUGAUAUUUAUGGGCUAAAUUAAAAUCAGAAUUCAGCAGCUGUUGAUAAUCAAAUCAAUGCUUAAAAACUUUUUGAACAAAGACAACAUUAAGAAUAACUUUAACAAAAUAUCUAGAAUCACAUUCAAAUCCAGAAUUAAGUUUCUUAAAAAAAUAACUUAUCAAAUAGAAAACCUUCUCAAACUAUGAAAGCAAGUAAAUCUUUACCAUAGUUUAUUUCAUAGGAAUCUCUUAUGAAUUCUGCUAAAGAAAGAUAAAAUUUAGAAUUCAUAUAAAAAGCAGAUAAAACAAUUGAGAUUAGAAGUAAAGAUAACAGUUUUGCUUAAAGUUCCUCACACUUCUAGUCUAAGAUUGCCUCUCCUCAUUCGGUAUCUACUCUCUUAAAUAAGCAUAACUAAAGCACAAUUUCAUAAUUUGGUUAAACAAACUACUUUGGAAUUAUGACUUCCCCUAAAACAAAGCUAGGUGAGUCGAAAUUUUACAACAAAUAAUCAAUUUUAGAAAGAAAUGAUUUCUGGUUAAAACAUACUGACACUCAUAAAUAGUUACUCAAUUUGCAUUAUAUAAGUGAAGAAAUGAAAGAAUGCUCAUUUUCUCCCACUUUUUUCACAAAUAAUAUGAAUAGAAAAUGUGCAGUUAAGCAUUAAAAUUAGUCUGCUAGAGUAUAAUAAUCUCUCAAUCCAACAUUCCAUAAAUAAGCUGCUUAAAUGAAGUCUUCUUAUUCCAGAUUGCAUAAUUUUAAAAAAGAAAUGGGUUUCAUUGACGAGAUACAAAAGUAGCAGAAUCAGUAAGAAAAUAUUGAUAUAAAAAAUAAUUGA